GGCUCAGUUGCAAGCGGUGCGGCGACGGGCGGGCACCCCGGAUUGGCUUUGCUGCGUCCCCCCUGCUGCUGGAUCUUUUACCCCCUUUAGCUCCAUAAGCACCUCCUCUGAGUCAGCGGCAGACCAUGCCCUCUCUAUGACGGUUACUUCUUAAGCUAACUCUGCAUGCCAGAAGACCGUCCUUGGUUGAGCCAAGGGCUUUUGGGGACUUCGGCCUCUCCCCCAUUUUUCUGUGUGUGUGUGUUCCUCUAGAACUUUCAAAACUGUUUCUCCAAAGGGUUUUGCAGAAACUUAGACUGUUUUCUAAAGCAGAAGCACCUGAGUCCACAGCAGUAGUGAUGGGCAGCGUGCGAACCAACCGCUACAGCAUCGUGUCUUCGGAAGAGGACGGCAUGAAGCUGUCAACCAUGGCCGUUGCCAACGGCUUUGGGAACGGAAAGAGCAAGGUACACACCAGACAGCAGUGCAGGAGCCGCUUUGUCAAGAAAGAUGGCCACUGCAACGUCCAGUUCAUCAAUGUGGGGGAGAAGGGACAGCGAUACCUGGCAGACAUCUUCACCACUUGUGUGGACAUCCGCUGGAGGUGGAUGCUAGUUAUCUUCUGCCUGACAUUCAUCCUCUCCUGGCUUUUUUUUGGCUGUGUGUUUUGGUUGAUCGCGCUGUUGCAUGGGGAUCUGGAGAAUCAAGAGAAUAGCAAACCUUGCGUGUCUCAAGUGAGUAGCUUCACUGCAGCCUUUCUGUUCUCCAUCGAGACUCAGACCACGAUCGGCUAUGGCUUCAGGUGCGUCACGGACGAGUGCCCCAUCGCAGUGUUCAUGGUGGUUUUCCAGUCUAUAGUAGGCUGCAUCAUUGAUGCCUUCAUCAUUGGUGCUGUCAUGGCAAAGAUGGCAAAGCCAAAAAAGAGAAACGAAACUCUCGUCUUCAGCCACAAUGCCGUGGUGGCCAUGAGAGACGGAAAACUGUGCCUGAUGUGGCGUGUUGGAAACCUGAGGAAAAGCCACUUGGUGGAGGCACACGUGCGAGCGCAGCUCCUCAAAUCCAGGAUCACGUCGGAAGGGGAGUACAUCCCCUUGGAUCAAAUAGACAUCAACGUAGGGUUUGACAGCGGGAUAGACCGCAUAUUCCUCGUCUCCCCAAUUACUAUAGUACACGAAAUAGAUGAAGACAGUCCUUUGUAUGACUUGAGCAAACAAGACAUGGACAAUGCUGACUUUGAAAUCGUAGUGAUAUUAGAGGGCAUGGUGGAAGCUACCGCCAUGACUACCCAGUGCCGUAGCUCCUAUCUGGCAAACGAAAUCCUCUGGGGCCACCGCUACGAGCCUGUACUCUUCGAAGAGAAAAACUACUACAAAGUGGACUACUCGAGGUUCCACAAAACAUACGAAGUGCCCAACACACCCAUCUGUAGUGCCAGAGACUUAGCAGAAAAGAAAUAUAUUCUCUCUAACGCAAACUCCUUUUGCUACGAGAACGAAGUGGCCCUCACCAGCAAAGAGGAGGACGAGAUUGACACUGGGGUGCCUGAGAGCAUGAGCACAGACACCCACCCAGACAUGGACCACCAUAACCAAGCAGGGGUGCCUCUAGAGCCACGGCCGCUGCGGCGGGAGUCGGAAAUAUGACUGACAAAACUCUUCCUCUCUCUUUUGGUUGAAAGGAGAAACAAAACGCAUCCAUCGGUCAAAGGCACGUUGACCUGAGAAGUUGGCCCAGAACAGUUUUCAGACAACGGUACUGUUGAAGAGCGGUGUGAAGGCAAGCAGACCUGAGAAACCCAGGCUGGUUUUAGGGCUGCCCUCAGAGGAGGGACGACAGAAAACGAACUCUAAACACAAAGCACUAAACAUGUCUAAGUAUGAACAGAAGGCACAUAUGUUGUAGAAUAAAUUAUGUAUAUAUUUUUUUACAAAACUUGAACUUGCAGGCAAGCUUUGGUUGGGUUAUUAUUAUUUUUGGUUGGGUUUUGGUUUUGGUUUUUUUUUUUUUUUCUUAGUUGUUGUUUUGUUUUGAUUUUUUUUUUCAUCUUUUUUUUUCCAGAAUGCUUCUCUCUAGGGAACAAGAAUGUUUUUAAUGGCAUAACAAAGGCAAGGGUCUGCCUUAUUAUUAUUAUUAUUAUAGUUCUUUUUUAAGAAGCUGCUGCUAACUACAUGAACACAAAUGGUUACUUUUGUUGCAGUGUAGUUUUUAUUUUCUCUUGUGUAAUUUAAAAAGGAAAGGAUAAAAAAAAAAAAGUCAGUGUUGAACUUGUUUUUGGGUUGAAAAGCUUGUGAUCAUUUCAGAGAGGCCAACAUUGCCACAAAGUCUAAACUCCUUUUGAGGCCAGUAGUUUGAUAGCUAGAAUCAAUGUCUCUCUUUUCCAAUUACAUAAAGGGGCAUUAUGUAAUGUCAGGCCAAUCAGUAGCCUCCAGCAAAAUUAUGAUUUUUUUUUCUAGGGGGGGGCG